AUGAGUAUCAAAUUAAUGAAACAACGUUGGCUAGUGAAAGAAGUGGAUGACAAAAAAGAUUCAACUGAAAUAGUCGAUAUGGAUGUCGAUGAAAAGGACGAGUAUGAAAUUAUUUCUGAGAUGGAAAAACCCUCAAAUUUUCUCACGCAAAGAGAUGUGGAGAAUGAAGAGCCGGAGGCGAUUGGAAUCAGUAUGCAUACUCAGGGAAAUGUCGCGAGUUUAGAGGUGAAGAGGCCUUCGAGAUGGGAUGUCGGAGCACCAUUCUGUAUUCAGUUAAAUGAUGCUUUGGCGCCAAAUACAAGUGACACCAUUAUGGACAAAUGUACUACUAGUUUGGAUGAGGCGUUCAAUGGAUAUAAUAAAACCACUGGUGAAAAUGAAAGAAAAGAGAUGUUAACAAAUGAGACGACUGCAUUCAAAACUUCCAGUACGAUAAUGGAGAAGUAUACUGAGAGUAAUGAGAUAUCCAUUGCAACGGAACAUGGAUAUCACCAAGAUAGUAGCCUUGUUGAUUUGUCGCUGGACAAAAUAGCGCUUCCAUGUGAUCCUUGUGAUAUAGCUUUGCCGCCUGAACCAUCUGAACUUUAUGGUAAUAUUAGUUGUGCACUUCUACCUCGCAUUACGGAUGAUAAGCUUGCUUCCGAAGCAACAUUGGACAAGGGGAAAGUAAUAAUUAAAUGGAAGUUCACAAAAACACCAAAAGAACUUUCUACUGGACAUGUGAAAAUUUGGGAACCGGAGGUUGAAACACGUGAAUUACCGAAAUUAUGUCCUGAAGAAGAGUCAAGAUCACAGAGAUGUGUAGAAGCUUCAUUGAAUUCAAGAACUGUUGCUGAACGUUUAGAUUCUUAUGGAGGCGAAAGUUUGUUGCACACCAAAUCUUUACUUCAAUAUUCCGCAGAUGUUGAAGGAGCAGCUCUUUCACCGUGCUCAUCAAAGCCGAAGUCAAAUGUUCAAUUACAAGAUAACACUACUUUGUCAUCUGAACAGGACCAAUCAAAUUAUGCAAUGCAUGAAAUGGAAAUUUUGGAAAAUCAAUGUGUACAGAUGACGGCACUGCAGAAAGCAAGUGAAGAGCAAUCAACGUCAAAUAAAGAUUUAGGAUCGAUCUACGAUAAUGUUUCAGAAAUUGUAUUGUCCUCUUCAAAGCUUCAUUACGAUCACAAUUUGAACACGGAUUCGAGAACUCUGUGUGGUAAUGAAACUGAGAGAACUGCAGAAACCAGCGUACAAAAACCAGUCACAUCGUGGUUUGCGAAGCAUUUUCCGCAGGAACCUCACUUAAAAGAAACGAAAUUACCAUCAGAAUCGUUAUCUUUUCUUCAACAGCAAUGGAUAAUGAAUGUUUCUAAAAUUGAAACAAGUGGAGAAGGUGAAAAAGAAUCUUCAAUAUCCUCUGUUUCAUCAGCAACAUCAGUUUCCAUGUAUUCCUUCGAUUCUACCCCCAAAACACUUCCUUCAUCAGAUCUUGGCAUUUUACGAACUACUGAAGGACGGAAACAGAUAUCAGAAACCGCUGGUACUGUAAAUGUACCUGCUGAUUCAACUGGUUCGUCAAAUAAUGAAUCUUUGUUACCGGAACCUGCGUUAGAUCUUAAUGAGGAUGAAGGAGAACUUGAUCCAUCAACGCUAGAAAUUUCCCCUAUGAUGUUAAAGUCAGCCGGUGAACCUGUGCAGUAUGAAUAUUUGGAUGAAAAUAUUAUAUUGUGUGAUGAAAGUUUAAUUAAAGAGGCGAAGGUUGUGCGUUGUUUUUGUGAACCGACGUCGGUUGAAAUAGCAGAAGGUCGUGGUUGCAGUUCCGGUUGCAUUAAUCGAGAGCUCUAUACCGAAUGUGGGUCACGAUGUCCAAGUGGGGCGGGAUGCGCCAAUAGGCGGUUUCAUAAUAAACAAUAUGCGAAAGUGGAAGUAUUCAAUGCAGGUAUAAAAGGUUGGGGAUUGAGAGCUGCAGAACCACUUGAGCCUGGACGUUUUAUCAUUGAAUAUGUUGGUGAGGUUAUUGAUGCUGAGGAAAUGAUACGUCGUGGAAGAAGGUAUGGUAAAGACCCAAAACAUGUGCAUCACUAUCUUAUGGCGCUAAAGAAUGGUGCUGUGAUAGAUGCAACUGCGAAAGGGAAUGUUUCACGAUUCAUAAAUCAUUCUUGUGAUCCCAAUUGUGAAAGUCAGAAGUGGACAGUUAACCGUCAGUUGAGAGUUGGUUUCUUCGUGAUCAAGCCAAUUGCGUUGGGAGAGGAAAUCGUUUUCGACUAUCAACUUGAGCGUUACGGGCGAAAAGCACAACGAUGCUUCUGUGGUGCUGCAAAUUGUCGAGGCCGAAUAGGUGAUGAUAGUGAAAGCGAAGAAGAAGACAAAAUCAGUGAUGAAGCCGAAGUUGAGGGAAGUGGAACGGAUGAUGAAGUUUUAUUGACGAAGCGCAAAUUAAAAUCAGAAAAAAAGGAAAAAAGUUUGCGCACUGCGAAAAAGCGAAAGAGACAACCAUCAGCUCAGCGUUGCAAUAAGGCAAUAGUGAAUGCUUUGUCACGAGGACCCCCUCGAAAUCGCACUCAAGUUCGUGAUCUCGUUAGAUUAAUGGUACAAGUAGAACAAGCACCACAGCGUUCCUCCCUAAUACAGUGUGUCCGAUUUGCACAUCCUGAUGUACUACGGCUAUUCAUUCAAGAAAGUGGUCUGAGGCUUUUAUACGUUUUCUUAGCUACCGAUUACCCGAUUGAUGAUGAGCAGUCUGUUCUUCAGUUGCAAAUCAAAUCACUUGAUCUGUUGAACGUUAUGCCUAUUGUGAAUAAGAAUCAAGUGAUAGAUAGUCAUCUAGCUUCAACUGUGGAAAAAAUUACUAGUAAAAGAGGUCCAGUAGAUGAAAUUGUGGAAGAUAUCGUAAGGAAAUUAGAAGAUGCGGUGUGUUGUGAUAUACCUUCAACUUCAAAACAUUCGCUUUUAAAAGAUCCAGAUCCUAUAAUAGAACGUUUACACUACGAAAUGGUUACAAAAGCUGCGAAACUGAUGGAAAAGUGGAGAAAUUUGCGUGAGGAAUAUCGAAUCCCACGUCGGGAACGCACUGAUCCUGUUCCAACUCAACAUGAUAUUAGUCGUUAUGUACGGAAGACUGAUGAGGAUGAAAGGAACAAACGAGUUAUAGUAGAUAAGAAGGAUGAUGGCAGUACACUGUGGAGAUUAAGUGGAUUUGGACCACCCUCCAAAAAGCGCUGCUUCGACCGACGUCGCCUCCCCAAAACCGAUUUGCCAAUUUUCGUCAAAGAUUUGACGCAUCUCGAAAAUGAAGAUUUCAAGCAAUCACCGAUAACUGUAACUGAUUCACUACGCAUUAAUGAAGAUGAUGAAGGAGAAAACAAACCAAAGAAACGUCGUUCGCGGUUUGAUAUCGUUGGUGAAAGAAAUCCGAGUUCAAUGUAUGAAUUGUAUGCUGCAGAUUGUGAUUUCUACGCUCCUCCACCACCAAAGCUUCUUCCGGAAGCAUUAUUUGCUGCCGGUUUACCAGAUUCAGUAAAUUUCACAUACAAUGAGCAUUCGUUUCCGGAAUUUUUCGAUUGGAACACCGUAUAUGCAAAAUAUGAUCCAUCAUCCGCUGCCUACCAACAGUUUAUUAACUAUUAUCAGCAGCAACAGUAUCCUAUGAUGGGAUUACUACCAUGUCCACUAACUCCGCAGAAUACCACAGAAAUAACAAAUAUCUUAGAAGCACCUUCUCCGCCACCGCCUAAACGACCCAAAACUCCAGAAGAAAGGCCAAAUAUGCUUAUAAUUGGUCCAAUCGAUGCAGAAAAUCCGACAGACGAAGAUAUUGAAAUGCUCGAGAAACAUUUGGUAACGCUCAAGGCAAAACGAGCAGAAAUCAGAAAACGUUUGCAAGAGGCACAAAGGAAGAUUGCACAAGAAUCAAAUGAAAUGAGUGAUGUGCCGCCGCCUCCUCCACCUUCACAAACUAAGCAGUCGUUGUGGAUACAGGCUACAACAGAGGAAGGAGCUGUUUAUUAUUACAAUAAAGAAACCAGGGAAUCCGUUUGGACUUUGCCCGAUGAAUCUGAAGGUGGAAAUGCCUCAGCUGACACUACGACUAUUGAUACGCGUGCAACAUUCAAAGCUGAGAUAGUGAAGUAUGUUGGUGGCAUGUUGGAACCAAUUCGAAAGCUGAAGUUUGCAUCUGCUGAUGAUUAUAAAUAUGUUUUACGGAAACUGACACACACGAUAUUGGAGAAAGAAUUGAAACGGGUCGGUGAGACGGAGCUUAAAGUCACAGAAUCAGUGCGAGAUAAGGCGCGGAAGUUUGUAGCUGAAUAUUUGGCGAGGCUUGGAGAUGGCCAGCACUUAUAUAGUGACGAAGCAUCUAUGAAUCGGGUGAAAAUACAUCGUAUUUUUCCACGAAACAGAUUUUAUGUAGGAAUAUUAUUGGACUGGAAGGAGAGCGUGGACGAUCGUAAUUUUCGUUCUGUUUUAUGCCGAGCAUUGAUCAGUUUGAGAGCAUAUCCUUUAGAAAUUGCUACAUUUACAGAUCUCAAAAAUAUCCGAGGUAUUGGUGAUCAAAUAGCUCGAAAACUUGAAGAAGCGUGGAAUGUAUUUUGCUCACGAAAUUUGACUACACCAAGUUUGAAGCAGAUUAAUCAGAUGAAAAAGGGAGAAUUCUUACAAUUUUUAAACCAUUCAAAUCUUCUAGAAAAAAAAUCUAGGCUCCCUCGAACUAUGGAAACAUUAUCCGCGGACUGUGUUGAUCUUCUCAAAUCAAAGGCUGUGGAACAUUUGCUUCAACAUGUGGAUGCUGCGAAUGUGAAGCAGAGUCGUAAUCACAUACGUAAACGUGUUAUGAGAACAGUUCAGCCAUUACAGUUAUCGAAGAAAGUAGCACUGGAAAACGAAGGUACUAGUAAUUCAUCAGUAACCAUAAAUGAAUCGUACUGUGGUGAAGUACAAGUUAUUCGAAGACCUAGUGCGCUGAAUGUUAAGAUGGUAAACUACGUAACUGAUGACGUUGAACUAAUUGGUUCUGUUGCCGAUGAUGAUAAAAAUGAUCAUGUUUAUACAGUAUCACAGGAAUAUGCUGAUAGCAUUAUCUACCAUCCUUCUGCAUUUACUAAUACUCAAAUAAUAUUAAUUAUUGACAAUCGAGAAAGUGCUAAUACGAGAAAAUUUCAGCAAAUGUGCAGUUUGUUCCAGAAAAAGGGAAUUUUUUACGAGAUGCGUUCGUUAUCUGUUGGUGAUUACUUGUGGGUAAUGCGUAUGUGUGAUGGUACAGAGAUGGUGCUUGACACUAUUGUUGAACGUAAAACACUUGACGAUCUGUGGUCUAGUAUAGUACAAAAAAGGUACGAGGAACAGAAACAACGCUUAAUAUCAGUUGGUAUUCCAAACAUAGUUUAUAUCUUGGAAGGACCCUUAAUUUCUGUGCCUUCUCUUGAACAAGCGCUUGUUACUACUCAUAUAGAAAAUCGAUUUCUGGUUUAUCGUACCAGUAGUAUGGAGCACACUUCACUUGUUUUAUCUAAAAUUGGAAAACGACUAGCAAGAAAAGCAAUUUCUCAGGAGCUAACAGGAAUGAGCUUUGAAAAAUUCCAAAAAAUGUCGAAAAAAACCCAGCGUCGUAGCGUUAAAGAUGUCUUCUUGCGGCAACUUGUCGUAUGCCCACAGAUCAGCAUCCAGAAAGCAGCACAUAUCGUUGAUCGGUUUCCAUCCUUUGCAGCACUCACAGUUUUUUACUCUUCACUCCCAAAGAAUCAACGAGCAACAGCCCUGUCCGAAAAUUUUUUGGGUAUAACCAAAAGUGUCAGCGCACAUAUAGCAAAAUUUUAUUCCGAAGUUUGA